AUGCGUCUCUUGGCCGGAUUUGCUCUCGUUUGUGUCAGUGUUGCCUUCAUACAAGGGCAACUUCUUCUUCCACAAGUUAACAAUUUGAAUGCAGUUAUCAGUUUACUACCACAAUUUCAAGGUUUUCUUGGUCAACUUGAUCAAAUUCUUCCUCAACUUUCUGGUGUACUCUCAUCAGCUGAAUUACAAUCUCUCAAAGACAAAAUCACUCAAGCUCUUACAAGUCAACUUGGCGGAAAUUUCGAUCUCAACGCUAUCAAAGACAAAUUUCGACCAAUUCUUCAACAAUUCCUUGGAUCACGUCCACAAGGCCGUGCCGACUUUGACGCUAUUCUUCAACAAAUUGUAGGUGCUGCCACAUCCGCUCUUCCCGGUAUUGUACUUGGUCUUGUCGGCAAACGCGAAGCUGUUGAUGCUCGCAUCAACCUUAACGAUAUCCUUGCUUUGGCUGACAAACUUCAAUUACAACAAUUCAUCCCACAAGUUACCCAAUUCUUGAGCUCAGACAAACUUCAACAAUUACAAAACCAAUUCUUUGCCACUGUUGUCGCUGCUGCCGGAAACAACUGGAAUCCAGCUACACUCGGUCUAGCUAUCCAACAAAUCGUUACCCAAUUCGUUCCACAACUCCGUCAAAUGCGUAUUGAGUAA